CCAAGUAAUAACAGUCAGCUGGGCGUUCUUUGUAACCCCAUAAAAAUUGCCAUCUUUGGCUUUGGUGGGAGGACUGAAGAGUUGUCGUACGCAGGCGUGAUGAGUGUAUUUCCGUCUUCUUCCCUUGCGGAUACAGAGAAAUGACUGCUACUCUUCGCCCGUAUCUGAACGCUGUGCGUGCCACUCUGCAGGCAGCCCUAUGCCUGGAGAACUUCUCCUCUCAGGUGGUAGAGCGGCACAACAAACCAGAGGUGGAGGUCCGGAGCAGUAAGGAGCUGUUGCUGCAGCCUGUGAUCAUCAGCCGCAAUGAGAAGGAGAAGGUCUUGAUCGAAGGCUCCAUCAACUCUGUUCGUGUCAGCAUCGCUGUCAAGCAGGCAGAUGAGAUUGAGAAGAUCCUGUGCCACAAGUUCAUGCGCUUCAUGAUGAUGAGAGCAGAGAACUUCUUCAUCCUGCGAAGGAAACCUGUGGAGGGUUAUGACAUCAGCUUCCUCAUCACCAACUUCCACACGGAGCAGAUGUACAAACACAAGCUGGUGGACUUUGUCAUCCACUUCAUGGAGGAGAUUGACAAGGAGAUCAGUGAGAUGAAACUGUCCGUCAACGCCCGCGCUCGCAUUGUUGCCGAGGAGUUUCUUAAGAACUUUUGAGAAGGUACCCAUCAUUCCUCAUGCUGAUCACUUCAUAUGGCUAUCACCAUGGUUUCCGGAGCGGCGGGGAGGAGCUUAGAGGCCAGAGCAGGAAGGGGAAGCAUAAGUGGACAGCCAAUCAGCAAGGAGAACCGCAGAAAAGCGACCAAACGUCAAGGGAGUGUGGCCCUCUGAGUUCCCUGUAUUUAUGAAUAAUGAUGUUUGUACAUAAUAUUCUCAGCCUCACUUUCUGCCUUUUCAGAACAAAACUAGUAUCAGGGCUGGUCCUUAUAGUUAACCAAAUUAAUAUUCAUGAGAACAGGGAAUAAACCAUUUGAGAAUUUUGUUCUAACAAUUGAAAAUUUUCUUUUUUUAUAUCUGUAUUACAUGGGUCCUUUGUUACAGUGGACUUUAAACAUCAUGUUGUUCUUAACAUCAUGAAGAACAGUGGGUAGUGGUACACUUGUAUUUCACACAAAAAGCAUAUGCAACCUGAGUGGCAAGAAACCACAAUAAUGAUGACUGUGAUUACAAGGACAAUAAACCCCAAUUGUGCUG